UCGGUGCCUGCCACUCCAGCCCCCUCCGCAUCCAACGUUUAUAUCCCAGAACGGCAGCUCACAGACCGCAGUCCACACCAAGCAGCCGUUCUCCUAAGGACUAACUUGAGAUAGCACGCCGCUCCGCAGACACAAAAUGAUGCGAGUCACGCUUAUAGCGUGUUUUGCUGCCCUGGCGGCUAGCACCAGCGCCGAGUGGUCCUGGAGUGGAUCCCAAUCUGUGGGUUCCACCGACAAACCCGUUCAGUCCGAGGCUUUGGACCAUCUGACCAAGGCUGAGUUCGUAUCUGUUCCUGACCAACAGACUGACAAGAGCGAAACCAUCAUCGACACUAUUAUCCAGUCUGGUCGCGAAGGUCGCACCUUGAGCGAAGAUGCAUACCAACAGGUGGCUAGUGAACCCGCUUUCAAGAGGGUCAUCGCGGCCGGAGACGACGCCCAAGCCAGACAGUUCGUCAAGGAGAGGCUUUGCAAUUUGGGACUGAUGACCUGCGACGGAAUCGAAGGAAAGGCGGGUUACAUCCAACCCCACGACGUUUUCUACGCUCAACCUGUUGCCAUCAAGCCGGUCGGCGAGCCCAUCCCCGCCGUGCCCAUCCGUCAGCCUCAUGCUUACAAACCCUUCCCCGGACCAAACCAACAUGGAUUUCCCGGACCGAACCAACAAGGAUUCCCUGGACCUGGCGGCGCCAACUUCAACCAGUACCCCCGUCCUGGCGGCUACCCCAGUUUCGGCAAGCGUCCUCCUCCCAUCAACGGUGGCAUCUAUGGACCCCCUAAGCCGGUGCCCUUUGCUGGGGAUGACUACGCGGUGAAGAAGACACAGCACAAGGAACUUGUGACUGGAGGCGGCAUCGGCGGCCCUGUGCAGCACGUGCACCACCACUACCACCACGGAAACUCCGGCGCAGCUCCCAUUGGAGGCGGUCUUCCCCUUGGCGGCGGUCUUUCCCAAGGCGGCGGCGGUCUGCCCCUGGGAGGUGGUGGUUUCCAAGCAUCUGGAGGUAGUGGUUUCCAGGCAUCUGGCGUCGGCGUCUACCCUGGAUUCAGCAAGGCACCCCCUCCAAUCUACGAGCCUGAACUCGAGCCUGACGACCAGCCAGGACAGGGCGAAUAUGGAGCACCUUUCUACAAGAAGGAACUGAAUCUGAGCAACAACAAGAAGCAGGUUUAUGGCUCGGCCGCUACUAACUUCAACAGCUACGCUGGACAGUACAACGGCUACGAAUCUCCCAGGUCGGACAAGUGCUAUUGCGUUCCCAUUGAGCAAUGCCCUGCCAACGAAGUCAUCGGCCGCAAGGAGGACAACCCCGCCUCACUCAUUGACCCCAGAAACAAGGAAACCGCCAUCGAAGCCGAGGACCUUGAAGAGAAGGAUCACGUCAAGCGCGAAGACGUUGGAAAUACAACCGAAUCUUCCAACACCACCGUAAGCACCGAAGCCCCUAGAACCAAGAGGGAAGCCGUCGAUUCCACCAAGGACGCAGCCAAGCCCCAAGCUCGACUGCUCGGUCUGAAAUCUGAUAAAGUGAAGCCAACAUUCGGCGUUUCCUUCGGCCUGCCAUACGGCUACGGCCAACCUUACCCCCUCAAUCCUUUCGGCUCCGUCCCCUCUGCGGUCAACCCCUUCUUUGGCUCUGUCGGGCCCGGCGGCCUCAGCCUUGGUCCCGUCAGCGUCAACCCUUUGGUCUCCAUCCAGGUGACCAAAGACGAGUUCGGUGAGAAGGUGAUCAAACCUCUGGUUAACCUGCACGUCACGCCAAACAAGGGGUUGCUGCAUAAAUUCCAAGGCCUUGUUGGUGGCUUUGGAGGUGGAGGAUAUCCACCCCCGGUGCACCACGUCCAUCACGGCCACAUCAACCACAACCACCCCCCUCCUCCUUUCAUCCUGCCUGGACCCCCUCGCCCUCACCCUCCCCCAUUCUACGGCCCCGGGCCCUUCAGGCCGCCGUAUGCGCCAGGACCGUACAGAAAGGGUCAUCAUGAGGAAUAUAUUGACGAUGACGAUGAUGACGAGGAGUUCGUCUAUCCGGCCGGAAGGGAGCGAGACCCCGAGAGGCCUGUCAGCAGGCCCACGCAGCCCCUGAGAUCGCAAUACGCAGAGAAAUACGCGUCCCCUCAAAAUUACUACAACAGUCCCGCAAGAACGGGCGACGAUUUCAAACUCCCUCCCACCUCGCGAGCUGUCAAAUUUCCCAGAGACAGACGUGAUGUUGAAGUGGUGGCCGAGCGUCAAUUUGGAGGAAACCAACUUGGCAAUGGAAACAGAUGCCCUUCCUACCAGGUUUGCUGCAGAAACCCUGGUCGUCCUGCCUACGCUCCUCAGCAACAGCAAGGCUAUCCCCAGUGCGGCCGUAGGAACGCCCAAGGAAUCAAUGGCAGGAUCAAGAACCCAGUCUAUGCUGAUGGUGACAGCGAGUUCGGCGAGUAUCCCUGGCAGGCAGCUAUCUUGAAGAAGGACGCCCAUGAGAGCGUGUACGUUUGCGGAGGUACUCUGAUCGACAACCAGCACGUCAUCACUGCUGCUCACUGCGUUAAGGGAUACAAUGGCCAAGAGCUGCGAGUUCGUCUUGGUGAAUGGGAUGUGAACCACGAUGUUGAGUUCUACCCUUACAUUGAAACCGACGUUGCCCGAGUGACUGUUCAUCCUGAAUUCUAUGCCGGCACUCUCUUCAACGAUCUUGCAAUCAUCAAGCUCAUCAGGCCUGUCGAUCUCCAGAGAAAUCCUCACAUCAGCGCUGCUUGCCUGCCCGACCCUCACAAUGAUUUCUCUGGCUCCCGCUGCUACACCACUGGCUGGGGCAAGGAUGCCUUUGGAGACUUUGGCAAAUACCAGAACAUCUUGAAGGAGGUUGAUGUGCCUGUCGUGUCGCACCACCAGUGCCAGAGCCAGCUCCAGCAGACCAGACUGGGCUACGACUUCAAGCUGCACCCUGGCUUCAUCUGCGCUGGAGGAGAGGAAGGAAAGGACGCCUGCAAGGGUGAUGGUGGCGGCCCUAUGGUCUGCGAGAAGGGAGGCAGCUGGCAGGUCGUUGGUGUGGUCAGCUGGGGCAUCGGCUGCGGCCAGUAUGGAGUUCCUGGAGUGUACGUCAAAGUGGCCCACUACCUCGACUGGAUCCGCCAAAUCACGAGACAGCCUUUCUAAACACUUGUCACAAAAUCGAACCAUAAAUUAUGAGAAACCUUUAGUUGACUAGCGUAGAUGAUGUUAGACACAAAUAAGUUAUUGCUACUUUAAUAAGUACAUUUUGUUUUGUAAAUGAGAAUUAACACUUUGGAUAUCCUGCUCAAGAGCAAGUGAAUUAUUCUUGCUCUUAGUUUGAUUGUCUAGAGAAAAAUGAGUACUGCAUAUUUCAUGCAAAAAUGUUGACACACGUGUGAAAGAAAGAUUACAAAUAAUUUUGUAUGAACUGAAUAAAAUAAUUUAUAAGUAUGAAAA